ACUACCAUGCGUGCUCUUAAAACAUUGUUUGUGAGAGAUUCACCGGUAACGCGGAAAUGUUCGUGAGGAGCUUUCUGGAAACUGGUGUACAUGUGUAAACUGUGAAAGGCUGCCUCGAGACAAAUGGAGCCUGUGAGAUUUAGUCCUCCUUUGAGCCAACAAAGAUAUGAAUUUGUAAUCUCUUUUGUGAAUAAUUACAAAUCCAAGAAGGUUGCUGAUUUAGGGUGUAGUGAAUGUUCUCUUCUACACAGACUGAAAUUUUGGGACUGCAUCGAGUUUCUAGUUGGUGUGGACAUUGAUGAAGAGACAUUAAGAAGAAAAAUGCAUACUCUUACUCCCCUUCCUACCCAUUACCUGGAACCCAUGGAAAGGCCAUUAACUCUAAUAUUAUACAAGGGCUCUGUGUGUGAAAAGGACCCUGCUCUUCUUGGGUUUGACCUGAUAUCAUGUGUCGAGCUGAUUGAACAUUUGGAAGUUGAUGACUUAGAUAAACUAGUGGAUGUCCUGUUUGGCUUCAUGGCCCCUAAAGCAGCAGUGAUCACCACUCCUAAUGCAGAUUUUAAUAUCCUGCUUCCCAAAACUCAAAAGUUCAGGCACCCAGAUCACAAGUUUGAGUGGAGCCGAGAAGAAUUUCAGAGUUGGGCUCUCAAAGUUGUCAAACGCUAUAAUUAUACAGUAGAAUUUAGUGGGGUUGGAAAACCACCACCGGAACAUGAAGAUGUGGGCUUUUGCUCUCAGAUUGCUGUAUUUUUUAAGAACUACACUGAAAGUGAAGAAUCAAUCAAUAUUAAAAAGCAAUACAAAAGCAUUUACAAAACAGUACUUCAUGUGGUAUAUCCAAGUCUCCAGGAAGAGAAAUAUUUUCGAAAUGCUGUACUAAAUGUGGCUCUAUUACAUGCCAAUCGCAUGAAAAACUGCUUACUGUGUUAUCACAAGAACAAAGAAGAAAACAAAGAAGAUGUGACUGACCACAGCACAGAAGCCUAUAGGUAUUCAAAAUGGUCUUUCAGGUUAGAAACUGAAACACAAAGCGAGGAGAAUGAAGUUGCACAACCAUUUAUGCAAGGAAAUACCAUUCAUGUUCCCCUGGAAGCACUCUUCACCAUCUCAAAGGUCAAGAAAUUGUGUGGAAAUUUAGAUGUUCUAAAAAAAAUUAUUGCAGGGGAAGCCACUCUUCGUUCAGAUGGUAAAACAAUUAUGUAUCCUGUUUAUCUGGAUGAUGUGUCAGAAGUAUAAUUAUUGGGUUUGCUUAAUACAUUUUUUAUUUACAAUACAGGCAUUAGAUCUGUCUUCCAGAUUGCAUGGGGCAUUGGGAUUUAUAGCUUUUAAUAAUUUUUGAACAUUGUAUCACAUUAUCUAUAAAACAGUAGUAGUCCCCCUUGUUUAAGCCUGGCUGUUUUUGUUUUCUGUUAUGCAGUAUAAAUCCAAUAAAACCAUUUAACAAGAAAAACA